UGCAUGCCUCCUCCUCCCUCUACACACUUCAGAGAAAGCCACAGCUCCCCAAUGCUCCUCUAGCUACCUCAUUAUCUCUCUCUCUCUCUCUAGCUAGCUAGCUAGACUAGAUCACAGGUGCAACUUGGUCUCCUAGAUUCAUCUUCAAGACUUCAUGGCGAACCGGUGGUGGGACGGCCAUUUGGGGCUGCCGGGCGUCGCGCCGGAGCAGCCGUCCGGCUCGUCGGGCCCCAAGGUCGAGUCGCUCGCGCUCGUUGUCAAAGAUUCUGAGACCAGCCCGACGUCCGGUGGCGGCGAGCACGCGGACGAGAACAAGGACGCUGUCGGUGGCGGCGAGCCGCGCGAUCUGGGCGCGGUGGUGCCCGCCCCGAACCGGCGGCCCCGGGGCCGGCCGCCGGGGUCCAAGAACAAGCCGAAGCCGCCCAUCUUCGUGACGCGCGACAGCCCCAACGCGCUGCGCAGCCACGUGAUGGAGGUGGCCGGCGGCGCCGACGUGUGCGACGCCAUCGCGCAGUUCUCGCGCCGCCGGCAGCGGGGCGUGUGCGUGCUCAGCGGCGCCGGGACCGUGGCCAACGUGGCGCUGCGCCAGCCGUCGGCCCCCGGCGGCGCCGUGGUGGCCCUCCACGGCCGCUUCGAGAUCCUCUCGCUCACGGGGACCUUCCUCCCGGGGCCCGCGCCGCCGGGGUCCACGGGGCUCACCGUGUACCUGGCCGGCGGGCAGGGGCAGGUGGUCGGCGGCAGCGUGGUGGGCUCGCUCGUCGCCGCGGGCCCCGUCAUGGUGAUCGCGUCCACGUUCGCCAACGCCACCUACGAGCGCCUGCCGCUGGAGGACGAGGACGAGGGCUCGGGCCCGCCGAUGGCGCACGACCCGCUCAUGGCCGGCGGCGUCCACGUCCACGGGCACGGGCACGGGAUGCCCGACCCGUCGGCGGCGAUGCCGAUGUUCAACAUGCCACCGAACAACGGGCAUCUCGGCGGCGGCGGCAGCGGCGGCGACGGGUUCCCAUGGGCGCCGCACUCCCGCGCUCCCUACUGAUGGCGCGCACGGCAAUGGCGAAAUGGCGUGGUGCACUGCAUGCUGCAUGGUUACUGUUCCAUUGGAGUCACUUGGCGCCAUUAGCUAGGUUAGUACAUAUGACGAUCCAAGCUAUCUAGUGGUGAUUAAUUAGAGCGAAUUCGUACUGCUACUUAGUUUCUUAUAUGUUGUUAUGGUCAAAUAAUUUUCUAAUUUGCUGGUGUGUUUAUUGUUGUCUACUACUGAAUUAUCAACUGAGCUAGAGAUAUAGCUAGCUCUGGUCAAUUCAUGCAAUGUUUGGUUAAUUCAUCAUGGAAUUAAUGUUCAGUUCCUCAUCCAUCCGU